AUUAAUGUAGUGGAGUAAAAAGUACAAUAUUUCCCUCUAAAACGUAAAAGUAUAAAGUAACAUAUAAUAGAAACGCUCAAGUACAAGUAUAUGUAUUAAACUACAGUAUUUGAGUAAAUGUUACUUUCCAGCACUGAACAGAAGUAGGCAAAUUGGCAUAUAAGAGACACAACAGGUGCACUGUAGGUAUAUUUAGCCUAUGUAGUGCACUAAGAGUGAUUUAUAUUACUUUAUUUCAUCUUAUUUUAUUGUUGAUUAAUAAGGGCAAUAAAGUCACUGUGAACUUCCAAGGUGAUACUGAAGCACACUGAUUGACUUCAAAAGUGCAAACAGACUAGCGUUUCGACACUACUGUGUCUUCAUCAGAGUCAAAAUGGACAAAGACAUGGGGCAAACACACAAUACAUUGUAUUGUCAACCAAGAACAGGUGUACAGUUGUCAUUGGAUAUCAAAUCUGAAGUUCUGGAGACUGCGAAGGUGGUGACUGCUCUGCAGAGAGGCAUGUUGGACUGACACAGCUGAGCCUUUUGGUAAAAUAGAAUUUUACAUGUUUCCUCUAAUUUAUUACACCUGAUGGAAUACUUCUACUUUUUGCACUUCUGUCUUUGUAACUUUAAGAUAUCUCUGUGUUCUUUUGUUUCUGAUAUGAUCAUGGUGCAUGGGGUGUUGCACUUGGACAUUGGCUGUGGCAACUCCCACCUGGGAUUCAUUAUGCAAUAGAUUUGAAAUCCUGUUCAUCCAAUUAUCCAAUGGCAAUUGUACACCUGUUCUAGGUUGACUAUACAUGUGUGUCUUCGUCAAUUUGUACUGUGGUUAAGAUACAGUAGUGUCGAAACUUCUGUUUGCACAAUUAAGGGCUGUAAAUCAAUCAGUGUGCGCCAGUCCCCCCCAGCUGUCCACGGACUGAGAGGCUCCUGAUUCAGCUGCACGCUGCUGGAAGAUGCGCGAAGAACCUGUUUCGAAGUCACCCUGCCUUUGCCAUUAUUUACUACAAACUACAGGUCCUUAUUGGUUUACACAUAGGCCUAAUGGUAGGCUAAUAUUUAACUGAGUUUAGGGCCCUGAAUAGAAAAAGACACACACUGAAAAUAUUUCGGGUGUUUUGAAUUAAUCGGUGGGUUUGUCAUCUUGAUUGCUGCGCGCAUUUGUCGGUUGUAGCACAGGGCGGGCGCAGCUGAGGGCUGUCACUGAGACGCACCCCCUCCCUCCUUUACAGCAACGACCAUCUGCCGCCUCUUUUUCAACUCCAAGCCCAGCAGAUUAUUUCCCACAGACUUCUAGCUUCACUUGACACAACCGAAAUAGCGUCUCAGAGAGCAGCUGCGCAGAAAAGCAGCAGAAAACAGCCCGCUCUCCGCAUAUUGCGCUCAGCCAACGAGAGCCGGGGCCGCUUGCAUGCAACCCGUCUGCGGAGUCAGACUGCAGGCUCAUAAAGACGAAGCGGAUUUGAAUUAAGCACCGGAUAACAGACAGCAACUGUGCAUCCUUCGGUGAGGGAGGAGGGAGGAGGGAGGCAACUGUUUUGUAUCUUGGGAGCCCUGGGUUAGGAGAGGGGGAGGAGGAGGAGCGGAGAAUGAGCUAUUCUUGUACCAGCAGAGGCAACAGCCAGGACCCGUCAAGCGCUAAGAAGCCUGCCGGUAAUAAUCCAGGCAGAGACACCGGAGGCGCAGACAGCAGCAGUAACGGCAGCCCGAAGCAAACGGCGGCGAUGAAAGUGAAGAAAGGCUGCAACUCGACCGACGUGGGAGUCCCGGUGACCACGGAGGAGGACCUGCUCGCCAGCACGGUGAUCACUCCGGAGGAUGUUCUGGGCUUGCAGAAGAUCACAGAGAAUUAUCUGUGCAGCCCGGACGAGAACAUUUUCAACAUUGACUUCACCAGGUUCAAGAUCAGAGACAUGGAGACCGGCACGGUGCUGUUUGAAAUCACCAAACCUCCAUCCACAGACAAAGCAGGGGAGAAGAGGGAUGUUGACCCAAACGCUGGCCGAUUUGUUCGUUACCAGUUCACUCCCGCUUUUCUCCGACUGCGGCAAGUUGGAGCCACCGUGGAGUUCACGGUCGGAGACAUGGCGAUCGAAAACUUCAGGAUGAUCGAGAGACAUUAUUUCAGAGAGAAGUUGCUUAAGAGUUUUGACUUUGAGUUCGGCUUCUGCAUGCCCAGCAGCAAGAACACCUGUGAACACAUCUAUGAAUUCCCACCUCUGUCAGAGGACAGCAUCAGAGAGAUGGUCCUGCACCCGUAUGAGACGCAGUCCGACAGCUUCUACUUUGUGGACAAUAAGCUGGUGAUGCACAACAAGGCGGAUUACUCGUACAACGGUGGGACGUAGAGACGACACAUCGUCACAAGAGACAGGUGGACGGACCUGAGGGACGAUCAGAUUACACUGGUGGGGUUAAGAUCCUGUCAUUCCAGUAGUCUCCCUCUCCAUCUCUGUAUUUCUUUCUCUCUCUCUCUAUCUCUCUCUCUCUCUCUCUCUAUCUCUUUCUCCCGCUGAGAGAAUGCCACCCAGAAAACGCCCUUACAGAUGUGUCAGCUGCAAUCUGUGUGUGUGUGUGUGUCUGUGUGUGUAAGCAUGCAUAAGUUUGUCAAAGCUUAAAAACAAAACACACAUGGACACACAGUUCACAUCUUGGUGUGGCGUCGCCGUAACAAAGUGUGUUUGUAACAUGAUAAACCAGCAAGUAAGCAACUUUUUAGGAAAUAUCAGAUGGUUUUCGCUCUCUAGCCACGUCAUUAAAUGAAAAUAGAAAAAUAACUCUGUGUCUUCAAAUAUUGAUAGAAAUUAUUUUUUUCAUUCCUGUACAUGUUAGGGUUUAGGAACAAAUCUUGCAUCUAAAAACGUGUGUUUUUAGGGCUUAAAUAAUUAAUAAUAAUUAAUUAAUGAUAAUUUCUCAGAUUAAGUGAGCAUGUGUGUGUACACUUGCUUUUUGGAGUGUGUGCGUGUGUGUUUCUGUACUUUGUAUGAUUGUCUUUGUCUGCGUAUCUGUAAGUAUGUCAGUUUGAAGCAUGAUUACUGGUCUGGUAAAAAUAUAUAUUAAUUUAAAUGUCAAUAAUGUGGUCAUCUGGUUUGCAAAGGUCAAAUAGAUUUCCAGUUAGUCAUUUUGAAUUUAUCAGACCUAUUUUCUGUUUCCUUACUCCUUUGUUCCUUAUUUAUUUCUGGAACCAUGUUUGUUGUCUUUGCUCAAAGCACAACAUCUCUACAGAGCCAACAAUUAGAAAACUUGUAAAGGUGAGCUGAUCUGAUAUGACCAUAAACACGCUUUGUCAUCUGCGAACCAAUGUUGCUUUGUUUAGGUGAUAAAGAAGUUGUUAAAAACUUUAAGUUGUACCUACCAUAUGUGUCCAAGUUAAAGUUUUGCAGUUUGUAAACUCUUCAUAAGAGAAGAAAAAGAAAACUUGGAUUUGUAAAUGUUGAUAUUUUUCAUUCAGAAGAUUUGGGAAUGUAGCAGAAGUCGUUUUAAGAACAAAUCACCCUUAAAUCUCAUAUAUUUCUUUGUUUGUGUGUAAUCUAAUGUUUCUGUGGCAGUCCUUCUAAUAUAUGUCCAUUUUGUCAUUCGUUGUGUUGUUUCUCUGUUUCCUGAUGUUUUCACACAUUCCAGUGACUUAGGACCUGAAUGUGUUGAUCUCUUGUUAUUUGAGGGCAUUUAUUACACAGAUCACACAGAGAAUCUGUAACUGAACUGACUUGGGAUGCCUCUAAACUGUAAUAUGCACACUUAGCUUUCUCUGUCUGUGCUGAGACACAACCUGACUCAAAUAGUACCCAAAUAGUUCUCUUUUUUUCCAGCAUAUCUGUACAUACUGUCUGAUUUAAUGCACUUGAAAGUCAGUUUAGUUUCUGUGUUUGGUGACUUUAGUGCUUCUACUUAAAUUGCGGUAAACGCCACCCGUCUGAUACAGCAAGUGUGUUUGAACAAAUGCUGCAAAUACUAGUUGAGCCAGGUCUGUGAAGAACUGCAGCCAGCUGAAAGGAAAUUACUUGACUGCACCUGUUGUGUGUUCAGAUCAACACAAGAAAAGGGUGGAAAUUUAUUCAGAUUGUCAGAAGUGAUUAAAAUCUGGGUGACUUUGUUUUUUUUUGGGCCUGCACAAGUUGUUGAUUUGUAAGUUACAGGGAAUAAAGGGUGAGAGGCAAAAUAGCAAAUGUGCUAAAAGUAGUGAAAUGGACAGAAGGGGACUCAGAUUGGACUCUGUUAAUUGGAAAUAAAACAGAUUGACUUGAAUGUUAUGUCAAAAAUGUAACACAGAUAUGUAGAACAGAUUUAUUUAUGACCAAUUGUGACUCGUGUACAAAUUAUUUUGAACUGAUGUACAUUUUUUGACAAUUCAAAUGUUGGUGCGACUGAACAAAAGUAAAAUAAAUAAAGACUUAUGGGACAUUUUGAAAUA